AUGCUAAACAUAUCCAGAAGAUUCCUUUUAUCUGCUGGUGCUUCCACUACACCUAUAAGCAAAGCUUCGCUAUAUCACACAACAAGUAUCAAAAUGAACACUGUUAAUAAAGCAUCUAGUAGUACUACAUCCAAUGAAAGUGGCUCAAAUGAUGCAUCAACUCAGCCGGAUGCUGCUUCUACCACUUUGGCAGACAGGUACGAUUCAAAAAGAUUGAUGCAGCAAUUAUACACUCCAAAGGACCCCAAAAGAGCAUUCAAAGCAACUUGGUUAAACGCUUUGGCUGAACGGAAAAAACAAUUGGCUCAGGGUAAAAUUAUUGAUUCCUAUAUUUACAAUAACAUUCAGGGUACCAACGAAAUUGUCGAUAAGACAAGAAAGGACUCAUUUACUUAUUUGACUUUGCCCUUUAGGGAUGAUCCGUUAAUUGCAGAUUUCUAUGUUAAUGCUGUUGGUCGCAUUAGAAUGGGUCAAGUGUUCCAAGAUUUAGACGCUUUAGCAGGAAGAAUUGCUUACAGGCACACCUCGCCUGCUGAACCUAUUAUUGUUACGGCCAGUGUAGAUCGUAUAUAUAUGUUAAAACCAAUGGAUUAUAUAGCUGAUUAUAACGUUGUUUUAAGUGGUUCAGUGGUUUGGACUGGUAGAUCUUCUAUGGAAAUUGCUAUUAGGGCCACUUCGAUAAAGGGUGAUCUACCAUCUGAAAUCACGGAAGAAAGCUUAAAAGAUGAGGACACUUUUUUAACUGCAUCCUUUACUUUUGUUGCUAGAAACCCAGAAACCCACAAAUCAAUGCCCAUUAACAAACUACUACCAUUAACCGAAAAGGAGUGGAGAGAUUUUAAAAGAGCGGAAUCACACAACGCCGCCAAAAAACUAAGAGCCAAAAAUGAAAAUUUGAAUAAUUAUCCACCUACUGAGGAAGAAAGUGGUAUCAUGCAUAACAUGUGGCAGUGUAGUCAAAAAUUGUUAACUUUGAGCAAACGGGAAAAACCCAAAAAUGUCAUGUUUAUGAAAAACACUAACUUGAAAAGUACAAUGUUUAUGCAACCACAAUAUAGAAAUAGACACUCUUAUAUGAUUUUUGGUGGCUAUUUGAUGAGACAAACUUUUGAGUUGGCUUAUUGUGUUGCAUCUGCAUUUUCUCAUGGCUUCCCAAGAUUUAUAUCUUUAGACUCAACAACCUUUAGAGCACCUGUCCCUGUUGGUACUAUUUUGCAUAUGGAUGCAACGGUUGUUUACACUGAACAUUUGCAUGAAAUCAACCAAGAUAAACUUCACACUCAAAAAUUAGACGUUAAUGAUAUUUAUCAUUUUGAACCACAUCCAGUCAACUUUAUAAGCACCAACAAAAAAGAUUUCCUUUCUAAGCCUGGUACUAUCAUUCAAAUUAAAGUUGAUACUGCUGUGCAAGAGUUGGCUAGUGAAAAACAAACCAAAUCUGGCUCUUUUAUUUUUUCAUUUUUUGCAUCAAGAGAUAUUAAUGGUGAAAAUGAUCCUGGGUAUGCUACUGUUGUUCCAGAAACUUAUUCUGAAAUGAUGGCUUAUAUUGAAGCUAGAAGACGUGCUAUUGAGACUGCUAAUUACGCUGCCGCUGUUAAACGUGUAUCUAAGUUGUGA